AGAUCUGCAUAGGGAGCACAAGUCUACAGGGUCCUUCUGCGCUGAAGGGUUCGGUUCGUCCAUGGGCUUUGAAUGGUUUGUUGUUGGCUGCAAGUCACUGCACCGGUCUGCCACAUCAGUCCAACCGAGCUUGGCUUGGCUGGUCUUGGCUCGGCUCAGCUCAGCCUUUACUGUCAUCUUUGAUACGGUAGUCAUCGUCGUCACUGGAUUGUGCUCUACCGCUCUUCUGUCAUACAAUGUACUCUCAUGUCAUCAAACUCAAGCAUGCAUCUGUCGGCCUUGUUAUCUGCUUGCCCUUCCAUUCACGCUGUGAAAGAAUAGCACCUCGUUGGGCCAUCAUAUAUCCCUUGGCGGCCUCCUAAACCACCGUCAGGAAACUCUAUUGCUGGGAUCAUGGAUCAUAGUGCUUGGCGUCCGUCUCCUCCAAAUGUCAGGAUGUCUCGAUCAAACGUCCGCGCCGACGCGGGGCAUGCGCGCGAUUAAUACAACUCUUCCUUGCAUCAUCCUUGUGGUUAAUUAACGGAGCACAACGUUGGACGAAAAUUAACAAUGAGGGGGAAACACUGUGGAGAUCAGUACAGUGUUGUGUUGAUUGUGAGUUGAGUAUUACAUUACGGUGCACUUUGACGGUGCCAUGAGGGAGCCACAAUGUAAUCGGAAUCGAUGUUUUUCUGGUGGUUGGAUUUUUCCUCCCUUGAAAGCUGUCCCUGGUGUCACUGUAUUCUCUGCAGAAGUUCUAGAAACAACUGUCAAAACAGAGUUCAAAUUUUGCAGAAAAUAG